AUGGAGCUCCUGCGCAUUUCAACAUUUGACGGUCAAGCAGAGGAGAAGAGGCCGCAAGAGGCAGAGAAGACACAGUCAGUGAGGUCAAUGGACCUUCGGGAAAGAGGAGUAAAGGAGGAGGAUGCCCACGGAUCAAGGUCUGCUCUGCGAGCCGGGGAGGGGCCUGAAUGGGGACACCAUGAACUUCGGGUUCUGUGGGGUCAGCUGACUCUGGUGGACACACCCUUCCUACCCUUCCUUCCCAGGGGCAGGGCUUCUGCGCAGGAAGCAGGAGGACCACACAAGCCGGGGAGUGAUCAGGGCCAAUGUGCCCUCAGCCACCCCCAAAAGAAGAAGACUGCCAAAUGCCCAGAGGCCACAGUGCUGGAGUCGCCAUCACUCUCUGGAGACCAGUGUCCCCCUCGGAAGCACUUUGCCUCUUCCCCUGGCAGCUGGGAGCUCACAGAGGAGGAGAAGGCUGAGGGCCAGGAUGACAGCUCCGCUGGGGUUCUCCCGUCCCCUCACAAAAGGGCCCCCCUCCAGAGUCGGAGGCUUCGGCAAGCCAACAGCCAGGAGGGGAGGCUCUGGUCCCGGCCCCCUCUCAAUUACUUCCACCUAAUUGCACUGGCAUUAAAAAACGGUUCUCCCUGUGGCCCCAACGUGCAACAGAUCUACAGUUUCACUUGACAACAUUUCCCCUUUUUCUGGACGGCUCCUGAAGGCUGGAAGAAUACCGUGCGUCACGAUCUCUGUUUCCGAGACAGCUUUGAGAAAGUGCCGGUCAGCACGCAGGGUGGGACCAGCACACGGCGCUGGUCCUGCCUCUGGAAGCUGACCGAUGAGGGACACCGCCGCUUUGCAGAGGAGGCCCGCGCCUUGGACUCCACUCGGCUAGAAAGUAUCCAACAGUGCAUGAGCCAGCCAGAUGUGAUGCGCUCCCUCUUCGACCUUUAGUUCCACAAAUCAACCAUCAGCCCAUGCCUUAUUAAAGUUAUCUGCAGGGAAAAAAAAAAAAAAAAGAACCCCACUUUGUGCCGGAAGUGC